AUGUGUCCCUCUGUGUUUCUGGCAACUUUUAUCCCUGGUAACAUUUACUCUGUGUCCGAGGCAACCUUCACCCCUUGUAACAUUUACCCUGUGUCUCUGGCAACCUUUAUCCCUGGUAACAUUUACUCUGUGUCCCAGGCAACCUUCACCCCUUGUAACAUUUACCCUGUUUCUCUGGCAACCUUCAUCCUUGGUAACAUUUACUCUGUGUCCCAGGCAACCUUCACCCCUGGUAACAUUUAUCCUGUGUCCCAGGCAACGUUCAUCCCUGGUUACAUUCACCAUGUGUUCCUGGCAACCUUCAACCCUGGUAACGUUUACCCUGUGUCCCUGGCAACCGUCAUUCCUGGUAACAUUUACCCUGUGUCCCUGGCAACCUUAAUCCCUGGUAACAUUUACCCUGUGUUCAUGGCAACCGUUAUCCCUGGUAACAUUUACCCUGUGUGCCUGACAACCGUUAUCCCUGGCAACAUUUACCCUGUGUCUCUGGCAACCUUCACCCCUGGUAACAUUUACCCUGUGUCCCUGGCAACCUUCAACCCUGGGAACAUUUACCCUGUGUCCCUUGCAACCUUCUUCCGUGGUAACAUUUACCCUGUCUCCCUGGCAACCUUCAUCCCUGAUAACAUUUACUCUGUGUCUCAGGCAACCUUCAUCCCUGGUAACAUUUACUCUGUAUCCCAGGCAACCUUCAUCCCUGGUAACAUUUACCCUGUGUCCCUGGCAACCUUCAUCCCUGGUAACAUUUACCCUGUGUCCCUGGCAUCCUUCACCCCUGGUAACAUUUACCCUGUGUCUCUUGCAGCCUUCAUCCCUGGUUACAUUUACCCUGUGUCCCUGGCAACUUAA